AUGCCGUCGCCCGGACCCUUUCCCCCUCCCGACUCGACCUCGCUCCCUUCCACCUCGACGACGCCCACGCCGACCUCGCGCGCGCCUCGUCCAGCGGCACCAGUGCUCGUCGAGCUCGAGCCGUCCCAGGUCGUCGUCCGCCGAGCCGUGUCGGGCCCGGUCGCCUCGCCUCCUUCCUCCCCUUCCCCCUCGUCCUCGCUCUCGCCCAGCUCGCACCAGGCGCCCGUGCGGCCUAGCCUCCUCUACUCGCACGGCGUCCAGCACGCCCCGCCGAGAGCGAUCAACGGCGGUCCCUCGCCCUCGAACCGCCACCUCGUGCCGCCCUCGCGCGCAACCUCGCUCGUCCACCUCGACGUGCCCGCCUCGCCCACCACGUCCACCUCGAGUCGUCCCGACGACCCGGUCACGAGUCUCGGCGGGCGCCGCACGCCGUUCUUCAUGGUGGCACCGCACGACGAGUGGUCAGGGCGCGGGCUCGAGCAGCACGAGGAGCUCGAGGGACGGUCGGCGAGUCGCGGUGGCACGUCGAGCGGUGUCGGUGGGCCCACGCUCCGCUUCGGCGGCGGUGGCGAGAACGACGGCGCGAGGGAGCAAGAUGGGGCAGGCGGGCCGCGGUUCUACGCCGAGGAGGGACCGAGCGUCGCAGGUCGUCCGGGUCGUCGAGUCGAGGAGGCCGCUCUCGCUCGCAACGGUGCCGAGGUCAUCCCGCUCGACCUCGCCAACGUCGUCACGGCCCUCGCCUCGCGCCGCCCCAAGUGGCAGCCCAAGGCGUCUUUCCCUUCCCCGUUCCCGCACACCUUCCCCGAUGGCAGUCAUCGCGCCGAGCCGCACGGCCACCGCGUCAGCCCCAACGGCGACGAGUUCACGCCUCCCGCCUCGCCUCAGGUCCACCCGCACGGCAGCCCGACCCUGUCGCGCGCGUCGUCGCUCCUCAGCUCCUCGUCGUCGAGCGCGCCUCUCGGUCGUCACGCGCCUCGCGAGCGCGUCGCCUCGUUCGGCCCACUGCACUUUUCGCCGUUCGAGGCGCACUCGUCGUCGUCGGCGCCGCAGCCGGUCGGCCUCGGUCCCGCCCGUCAGCCGCCGUUCCACCCCGGCCUCGCAUCUUCAGCGUCGUCAAGCAUGGGUGGAUGGGCAGGAGGUGGGUCGAGGGAGAGGAGCGCGAGCAUGGCGGACUUGUCGAGCGGGAGCGGAGGAGGGUCCGGGCGCGAGGGCGUCGGCGUCGACUUCCAGGCCGAGCAGACCGCGUUGCACCACCGCUCGAUCUCGCUCGGCACCCAGGUCUACCCUCGCCCGCCUCUGCUGCGCCAGGCACCGCUGCCCAACUACCGCGACCUGCUCGACACGGACGCCGACAUCGACCGCGAGGGCUUCGUCCGCCGCAUCCUCGCGCACAACGACCAGCAGUGCUCGCUCUUCCUGCAGCAGCGGGUCCGGGGCACGUCCCAGGAGAAGCGCCAAGAGCUGUUUGACGCCGUCGGGCGCCGUGUCCUCGAGCUCAGCGUCAGCAAGUUUGGCAACUUCCUCGUCUCGCGCUGCCUCGAGACGGGCGACUCGGCCCUCGCCCAGGCGUACGAGGACGCGCUCGUCGGCCACUUCCUUCAGCUCAGCCUCGACUCGUUCGGGUGCCACGUCGUGCAGAAGCUGCUCGACUGCGGCGGUUCGACGACCAAGGACAAGGUCAUCGCCGAGCUCCUUCCGCACCCGAACGUCCUCACGACCAAGUCGAGCGUGCACGUGGUCAACCGCAUCUUGACGACGCCCAACUCGCCCGCCUUUUUCGAGCGCCUCGCCGACCUCGGGACCGGCCAGUGGGCGUCGAUCGUCGAGGACGACGGCGGCUCGCUCGUCGUGCAGCACAUGCUCGAGGACUGGGCGCCGACGGCGUCGAGCGUCGUCGCGAGGGAGAUCCUCGACGGGCUAGACGAGGUCGCGAGGACGCCGAGCGGGUCUUUCACCGUCACGCACCUGCUCGACCGCAACACGCUGCCGUUCUGCGUCAAGACGAUGCAGUGCGCGCCGCAGCUCGCCCUCCACCCGUUCGGCGCCAAGGUCGUCGACAAGUGCAUGCGCAGCAGUCGCGCAGGGCCGGCCGGCAUCGGCAAGUUCGUCUCCGCCAUCACGACCUCGAGCGGAGACGAGCCACCUCUCCUCGUCGGCAUCGCCUCGCACGCCCAGGGCGCCCAGCUCCUCGUCAACCUCCUCACCGGCCACGCCGCUCCCGACCGCGACAAGGACACGCUCGGCCGCACCAUUCUCGAACAGGAGGGAGCUUUGAUCGGCUUGGGAGGGCCGCACGGCGCGAGGGUCGUCGGGCUGUGCAGGACGGCGCUCGUCGGGUGA